GCAGAUGUGGUCCCUCAAUGAGCCUCUCAGAGCUUGGAGAUAGUGGGCAUGAAGAGAAACCUUGUAGUAAACAUUUGCUGCUCUGCUUUCCUCUUCUCUUUCUGCAGCACCAGCAGACUUUCCCUCUCUCUGUUGCCCUACUUCCUCCCAGCCUGCCUUUCCUUCCUAGGUUAGAAGAUGGGGAGACCUGACCCAGAAGAAGGGCAACUCCCAGCUCCUGUGAAGCCCCCGGAUGGUGGCUGGGGCUGGAUCGUGCUCCUUGGCUGCUUUGUGAUCACUGGCUUCUCCUAUGCCUUCCCAAAAGCCGUCAGUGUCUACUUCAAGGAGCUCAUGAAAGAUUUCCACGUGGGCUACAGUGACACAGCCUGGAUCUCUUCCAUCAUGCUGGCCAUGCUCUAUGGGACAGGACCAGUAUGCAGCAUCAUGGUGAACCAGUUUGGCUGCCGGCCUGUGAUGCUCAUUGGUGGGCUGCUAGCUUCUGCUGGGAUGAUCCUGGCAUCUUUCACCACCAAUAUCAUUGAGCUUUAUCUGACAGCUGGUGUGCUGACAGGUCUGGGUAUGGCAUUGAACUUCCAGCCCUCACUGAUCAUGCUGGGCACCUACUUUGACAAGCGCCGGCCUCUUGCCAAUGGACUGGCUGCUGCUGGGAGCCCUGUCUUCCUUUCCUCGCUCUCCCCACUGGGGCAAGUGCUGCUGGAGAAGUUUGGGUGGCGAGGAGGGUUCCUUAUCAUGGGGGGCCUUCUGCUUAACUGCUGCACUUGUGGGGCAGUCAUGAGGCCCCUGGAUAUGGGCAUGAAGAAGAAGAUGGGGAAAGCUCAGGACAAAUAUGAAGCCAAGGAGAUGCUGCCCAUAGGAGGGAAGUUGGAGGAGGGAGUCAGCACCACUGAUGGAACCAAGAAAGGCAAGAAAGCCAAGAAGAAGCCCAAGAAAGGAAAGAAGCUUCUGGAUUUUAGUAUCUUUUCCAACCGAGGUUUUAUCAUUUACACCAUUUCAAAGUUCAUCCUGGUCUUGGGUCUGUUUGUGCCCCCCAUAUUGCUGGUCAACUAUGCCAAGGACACGGGCGUGCCGGACACAGAGGCCGCGUUCUUGCUCUCCAUCAUUGGUUUCAUAGACAUCUUUGCCCGCCCCGCCUGUGGCAUGGUGGCAGGGCUGAAGUGGGUCCGCCCUCACGUGGCGUAUCUCUUCAGCUUCUCCAUGCUCUUCAAUGGCUUGACAGACAUCUGCAGUGCCAGGGCGAGCAACUACACGGGGCUGGUCAUCUUCUGCGUCUUCUUUGGCAUCUCCUACGGCAUGGUGGGGGCCCUGCAGUUCGAGGUGCUGAUGGCCAUCGUGGGCUCCCAGAAGUUCUCCAGCGCCAUCGGGCUGGUCCUGCUCAUCGAGGCUUUCGCUGUGCUCAUCGGCCCACCCUCUGCAGGCCGCCUGGUCGAUGCUCUCAAGAACUAUGAAGUGAUCUUCUACCUGGCGGGCUCGGAGGUCGUGCUCUCCGCUCUCUUCCUGGGUGUUGCCAGCUACUGCUGCCUGAACCGAGGGAAGAAGGAGCCUCCCCCGGAGAACAACCCCCCUGCAGUAGGUGGGAGUGACACCGAGGAAGCAGAGUCCGACGUGCAGGAAGCCGAGGAGCACAGCAGCGACAACCACCAGCCAGCCCACAGCACUGACAACGCCGUGGUGGUGGCCAACGAGGAGGCCAACCACGUGGCAGAGGAGCAGAGAGGGGAGGGAGGUGGUUGUUCCACAGGGGAUGGGGAGGUGUUGGCACGAGACGGCUGCAACGCUGACCAAAUGGUGGAGAGGGACAGUUUUUAGCCAGGGCAGAGAACAGGGAUGUAAAAAAACUGGCCUUGUUUGCAAGCACCUCAGCAUGGGAGGGUAGAUGGGAUAUGGGGAGCAGAAAGCUGGGACAAAGGCAGGUGUAAGAAAUAAGAGGGAGAGGUAUAAGAAUAGCUGGUCCUUAUGUACAUUUGUCCACAAC